CCGAGAGCGGCAGCGGGGGCUGAGCAGCUCAGGGAGGUGCGGGCGCUGCGCGGUGACGAGGGUCCCUGGAGUGUCCCAGAAGUGUCUCCAGCCAUGGAGAAGUGGAGCCUGAUGACAAUCACGGUGUUGCUGGCACUCACCGUGCGCUGGGCUGUGUCUCUGGGCUCCUACUCAGGGGCAGGAAAACCACCCAUGUAUGGAGACUACGAGGCUCAGAGGCACUGGCAAGAAAUCACCUACAACUUACCCAUCAGGCAGUGGUACUUCAAUACAAGUGACAACAACCUGCUGUACUGGGGCCUCGAUUACCCACCUCUCACUGCCUAUCACAGUUUUGUGUGUGCUUACAUUGCAAAGUUAAUAAAUCCUGAUUGGGUUGCUCUGCACACCUCUCGGGGCUAUGAGAGUCAGCCCCAUAAGUUAUUUAUGCGUACAACAGUGUUUGUUGCUGAUUUGCUGGUUUAUAUCCCUGCAGUUAUUUUAUAUUGUUUUUCCUUGAAAGAAACAUCUGCUAAAAAAAAGGUUUCCAGUGCUCUCUGCAUCCUGCUGUACCCAGGCCUCAUCCUUAUCGACCACGGGCACUUCCAAUACAACUCAGUGAGCCUUGGCUUGGCCUUGUGGGCUGUCCUUUGUUUGUCCCAUGACUGGGAUCUCCUGGGCUCCGUGACGUUUUGCUUGGCCUUAAAUUAUAAGCAAAUGGAGCUCUACCAUUCCCUGCCCUUUUUUUGCUAUUUACUUGGAAAGUGCUUCAAGAAGGGACUGAAAGGAAAGGGGUUGGUGCUGUUGGUUAAACUGGCAGGGACAGUGCUGUUGUCCUUCGCUGCCUGCUGGCUCCCGUUCGGCACCGACGUGGAACAAAUCAUGCAAGUACUCAGAAGACUCUUUCCCAUUGACAGAGGCUUGUUUGAGGAUAAAGUAGCCAAUAUUUGGUGCAGUCUAAGUGUCCUUAUAAAGAUAAAGAAUGUAAUAUCCCCUCGAACUCAGCUAAAACUCAGUUUUGCUGUAACAUUCCUGAGCCUGCUGCCUGCCUGUAUCAAGCUCACUGUCCAGCCUUCCCUGCGAGGGUUUAAAUUUGCCUUGGUCAGCUGUGCCUUGUCAUUUUUCCUGUUCUCCUUUCAAGUCCAUGAAAAAUCGAUUCUUCUUGUGUCAGUCCCAGUCUGCUUAAUCAUAAAUGAAAUCCCCUUUAUGGCCACGUGGUUUCUACUGGUGUCAACUUUCAGCCUGCUGCCCCUGCUGCUGAAGGACGGGCUGCUGCUGCCCUACGCCGUCACCACACCCGCCUUCCUGGCCGUGUGCCUGGCCUCCUUCUCCAUCCUGGAGAAGACCUCAGCAGAGGACCUACAGCUCAAGGCCUUUUCCCUUUCCCUCAAGGGUUACGUGUCCUGGUUUAGGUCCUUUCCCAGGAUUGUCAGGAGCCUGUUCCUCCUGUCCCUGGCCCUGAUGGGAGCGCUGUCAGUGCUGAGUGCUGCGGUGCCUCCUCCCCAGCGCCUGCCCGAUUUGUUCCCCAUGGCCGUGGCCGUUGUUUCCUGCCUCCACUUCCUGCUGUUCCUGGUGUAUUUCAAUGUUGUGAUACUCUGGGACUCCAAGAAUAGAGGGCAGAAGAAGAUCAGUUAAUGAAGCUGAAGCUGCAGGACUGAGAGGUGCCAGCACUGCAGAGGAACCUGUGUGUGAUGGACACAACUCCAGGAAAGCCAGGAAAAACCUUUUGCUUAUUUAAACACAAAGCAGUCAGAGACUGUUUUAAAGGAGAAAUAUUUUGAAGAGCAUUGGGAAUGGGAUUUGAUUUGUUUUCUUGGGAAGUGUCACACUUUUGUUACCAUUUGUAAACCUAAAAUGCCUAAUAAAGGACCAAAU